AUCGGUAGAGCGUUUGACUCUUAUGUUAGAAAUCAAAAGGUUGCGGGUUCGACCCCCGCGUUGGGCUUUCUUAAAUUUUUUUCGAUUUAUUUUUUACUUAAAACAGCUUAUCUUUUAAUCUAAUUCUUUAUUAGAGUUCAUUUCCUUUAAUAUUUCGAUUAGUUUAUCUAACUAGUUAUACGUAACUUUGCCAUCACAAUUUAUAGAUUGACAUUUACAAUUUCUUAUUUGACUCUGUUAACCAAGAUGGGAAAGCCGCACCUUUUAAUAUUUUGACUCAUAUGAAAAUUGUGUAAAGAGAAAAAAAAUUGUGAUAAUUUCUUAAUCUUUAUCAAUCUGACUUACGAUCAAUACAUAUAUUAUAGAUAGUCUACACUAUGUCAGUAGAGGGUUCCAGUAGUGGAGCGAGAAAGGCAGAGGAUGUGUUAGUGACUCUGACUUCUAAUGGUCAAACUUUUCAUCAUCCAACUACGAUAAAGAAUUUCAAUGAAUCUGAAAUUUCAAUAAAUGAAAUCAGUGAUGAUUUAAAUAAUAGUAAGGAAGACGAUGGGUACGGUUCUACUACUAUCUGGAGAUACAUAUCAAAGGCUUCAGCAAAAUUAGAUUCACUUGGGGUAGAAACUAGAGGUAUAGAACGUAUCGAAGCUUAUGAAAGAUCAACUAAUAAACUUAAACAAUUGAUUUCAGUCAUUGGACUCUGGUUAUCAGCAUGUGGUGGUUUAAGUUCGAUGUCUUCAUUCUUUUUAGGUCCUUUAUUGUUUGAUUUAGGAUUACGAAACACUUUAAUAUCUGGUUUAAUAGGUCAAGCUUUAGGAUGUGGUAUUGCAGCCUAUUGUUCAUUAAUGGGUCCAAGAUCAGGAUGUAGACAAAUGGUGGGUGCUAGAUUCUUAUUUGGAUGGUGGUUUGUUAAACUAGUCAGUUUAGUCAGUAUCAUUGGGGUGAUGGGAUGGUCGAUUGUUAAUAGUGUGGUUGGAGGUCAAAUUUUAGCAUCCAUGAGUGAUGGUAAAAUCCCCUUAAUUGUUGGUAUUAUAAUCAUUGCUGUUAUAUCAUUAGCUGUUGCUAUUGGCGGUAUAAAACAAUUAUUAAAAGUAGAAACUUUAUUAAGUUUACCAGUUAAUUUUGCCUUUUUAUUAUUAUAUGUGGUUGCUUCUAAAAAAUUUAGCUAUUUAACUUUGGAAGAUGCUAUAACUGAUGGUCCAACUAUCAAAGGAAAUUGGUUAACUUAUUUUUCAUUAUGUUAUUCCAUUACUUCAACUUGGGGAUCUAUUGCUUCCGAUUAUUAUAUUUUAUUCCCUGAAGAUUCUCCUGAUUUACAAAUCUUCUGUAUCACAUUUUUUGGUAUUUUGAUUCCAACCACAUUUGUCGGGGUUGCUGGGUUAUUAAUUGGUAAUGUGGCUUUGACAUAUGAGCCUUGGGGUGACGCUUAUGCAGCUUAUGGUAUGGGCGGAUUAUUAAAUGAAGCUUUCAAACCAUGGGGUGGAGGAGGAAAAUUCUUAUUGAUUUUGAUUUUCCUUUCUUUAAUUUCAAAUAAUAUUUUAAAUACCUAUUCUGCCGCUUUUGGUAUUCAAGUAUCAGGUAGAUUAAUGGCCAAGAUUCCACGAUGGAUUUGGGCUUUUGUUGUUACAGCCUUUUAUCUCGUAUGUGCUUUAGUGGGUAGAAACAAAUUCGCCACUAUUUUAUCAAACUUUUUACCAAUGGUGGGUUAUUGGAUUUCAAUGUAUUUCAUUAUAUUAUUAGAAGAAAAUAGCAUCUUUAGAACUGAUAGAUUUAAAUAUCUUUAUACUAAGGAAUUCCCUCAUGAUGAGGAAGAACCAAUCACAACUGAAAGAGAUUACAUUAUCACCAAACAAUCAAGCCAAUCAAAUAAGCAUUACAAUUUCAAGAUUUGGAAAGAUUAUGAUAAAUUAACUCAAGGAUAUGCUGCAUCAGCUUCAUUCUUAAUUGGAGCCACAGGUGCCGCAGUUGGUAUGUCCCAAACUUAUUGGAUUGGUCCAAUAGCAAGAAGAGUUGGAGGAGAAUAUGGUGGUGAUGUUGCUAUGUGGUUAUGUAUGGCAUUCAGUGGUAUUGUGUAUCCUGGUUUAAGAUACCUUGAAUUAAAGAAAUUCGGUCGUUAGACAAUAUUUAGAGUAGUAUACAGAUUUUCUGGUGAUUUUAAUUUUAAUAUAAAGCGUUAAACUAAACG